AUGAGCGGUCCGUGGGCCGCUGCUGGCGCUGGCAAGGUGUUGCAGGUCUUGGGCCAGUGCAAGGGUGAGGCCAGCCGCCGCGAGCUGGUGGCAAAGCUCACCACACCCAGCGAUGCGGAGGAGGCCUUCAAGCAGUCCGCCGUGACGCUGUGGUCCCUGGCGCUGGACGGCCACAGGGCCAACAACUUCGAGGCCAAGGAGGGGACGGCGCUGCCGGUGCUGUCCCUCUCCCUGGCCAAUCGCCUCGCCAAAACCGCCGGAGCUUCGGCAGGCGCGGCGCCGGCCGUGGGCCCGGCGGAGGCGGCGUUGUCCAAGGCGCGGGCGGCCGGGGACUCGGCGAAGGUGGCGCAGGCGUCGAUGGACCUCGCGGCAGCACAGGUGGCCCAGGGCAGCUCGGAGGAGAGCUUGGGCGCGGCGGCGGAGCUGCUUCGGCAGGCCCUGCAGCUCGUGGACAAAAGCGGGGAGGCGGUGUGCUGCAACAUGCUCGCCAACGUCUUCCUACUCAUGGGCCAGGCCCGGGAUGCCUUACGCUUGGCCAAGCAGGGCCUUGCGGCGCUGCGGGCUGUGGGGGGCAAGAAGAUCCUCGAGGUUCCGCUGCUGCAGACCAUGAUGAGCGCCUACUAUUUGCGCCAGGACUCCGACGAGGCGCUGCGGGCGUGCCAGGAGGUGGCGCUCCUCUGCAAGGACGCAAAGGAUCCAGCGGCAUCCGCCCUGGCCGACGGCUGCAUCGCCCAGGCGCACCUGGCCAGCGACGAGCAAGGCCUGGCGGAGCGCGCGGCGGAGGCGGCGCUGCAGGCCGCGAGAAGCGCCAAGGACGCCGAGGCGGAGAUCCUUCUGCUGGGGGCGGUGCAGGAGAUCGCCCUGGCCAUUGGCAAGCCCGUGUCUGCGGCCAAGGCCGCCAAGGAACUCCUGGAGAAGGAGAAGAAGCGGGGGGUGAAGGAGGCCAUCUCCCGGGCCCAGCUGUUGGUGUCCACCACGGACCUGGAGGGCGAGGGUCUGAAGGCGGCGCAGCAGGCGAAGCAGCAGGCCACCGACAAGGUGGGGGAAGGUUUGGCUGCGGUGUCUGUGGCCAACAUCCUGCUGAGCCAGUCCAAGGCCGCGGAGGCCGCGGCGGCGGCGAAGGAGGCCUUCAAGGCCUUCGAGGCGGCGGCGAGCUCCGCGGGCCAGGGCUUCGCGCUGUGCCUCGUGGCCUUGGCCCAGAUGCGCCAGGAGGACGUGAAGGCGACAGAGAGGGCGGCACGGGAUGCGCUGGCCUUGUUCCAGGACCCUUCGAUGCUGGUCACCGUGUUGGACAAAGCCUCGCCGAGCUGA